UUCAGGGUUGGGAUUCGGGAAGAAGAAAAUAAGAGAAUUCACAGGGCUUACAUAUUCCAUUUGUUUGAAAAAUCAAACAGGCGUCUCUAAGUCAACAGAUUCUCCAAGUCCGCAUGAAAUCCAUUGACGCCGGUGCUAACACUUGACUUUUUCGAGGUUGGCGGAUUCAGCACGUGCCCCAUCCCAUCUUAGAACUUGCCUUAAGACUUCUGAAUGUGGACUUUUUUGAGGUCAGAAUCAUCGCGCCCCCUUCACCAUUUUCUCCCUUUAAUAUCAUUGAAGGCAAGGUACUGCGAGGAAGUAGGAAUUUGUAUGUAGACCUAUUUAUAGGUCAGGAUCAUCAUUUUCCCCUCCCCUCCAAUAAUUUCGCUUCCAUUAGAGGUUUAGCUGACAAAAAGAAAAUUUUCGUAUCUAGUCUGUUUUUGAGGUCAGAAUCAUCAUUUCCUCCUCAUUUUAGAUCUUCCUUCAUUUUCAGCAACUUUUCCCUCCAUUUUGAGAUUUUGCAAAGAAGACAAAUACUGGGUUAGAUUUUGCAGCAUUCCUCCUCCGGCUGGGGACACUGCACCAACUAUAUCAAACCAGGUCCUCUCGUUGCCUGCAGGAAUUCAUAACAAGAGAAGAAGGAAAAAAUGGUGCAUCCAAUUGCAGAAGCAAAUGUUCAGAGCCUAUUCGGAUCUCUUUCUCCAACCAAAUUCUAUUCUCGUCACUCAGUAACUCAUUCUUCUUCCUACAUUAUAAACUCAAGAGGUUUGAAACUCUUCACACAAUCAUGGACUCCACUUCCACCAACCAAGAUUAAGGGAGUAACGUCAGUCAUUCAUGGCUUUACAGGAGAGUCCAACUGGUUUAUUCAACUCAAGGCUAUUCAUUUCGCUAAAUCUGGUUUCGCUACGUGUGCUAUUGAUCACCAAGGUCAUGGAUUCUCUGAAAGUCUUCAAUGCCACAUACCUGAUAUUAACCCAGUUGUUGAUGAUUGUAUUGAAUUUUUUGAUUCCUUUAGAGAAGAACAUUGUCAGUCGCUCCCUUCUUUUCUUUACGGCGAAUCCCUUGGUGGAGCGAUCGCGCUGUUGAUUCAUCUUCGACGAGGUAGACCGUGGGAUGGAAUUGUUCUUAAUGGUGCUAUGUGUGGAAUCAGUCCUAAAUUUUAACCAACAUGGACUUUGGAACGUUUAUUGUCUGCGGUAGCAUGGGUGGCUCCAACUAUGUCGGUUGUUCCAGCUCGCAGGGAGAUCCCCAACGUGUCGUUCAAGGAGGAAUGGAAGAGAAGAUUAGCAACAGCCAGCCCGCAGCGUACUCAGGCUGCUCUGCGAGCAGCUACAGCAUUGGAGUUGCUAAGGGUUUGUAGAGAGGUCCAGAGCAGGUUUGGUGAGGUUGAAGUGCCAUUGUUGAUUGUUCACGGUGGAGAUGAUGCUGUUUCUGAUCCUGCUUGUGCAGAGGAAUUGUACAAGAAGGCUGCCAGCAAGGAUAAGACAAUUAAAAUUUACCCUGGUAUGUGGCAUCUAUUGGUUGGUGAAUCACAAGAGAAUGUGGAUUUGGUUUUUGACUAUAUUGUAGAGUGGCUCUGUGAACGAGCUGAACGUGCCGCUGCCUGUAAUGAAAGUGGCAAGGCAUCUGUCUCAGUUGCAUGACCCAAGUCUUAUUAGACUUCCCUUGUAGAAGAUACCAUUUUUUUAGAUUAGAUGGGUCUCAAGUAGAAUGUAAAUUGUGAAGAUAACAAGUGUAACAGUUGAUGUUUGUGUGGGAAA